AUGUCUUUUAGCAGAAGGAACUGGUCCGAUCUUUCCAGCCUGGCCAGGCAGAGGACCCUUGAGGAUGAAGAAGAGCAGCAAAGAGAGCGCCGGCGAAGGCACCGGAGCCUGCUGUCCUCCACAUCGACGGAUGAAGAACCUCCUAGCCCUGCGAAAAACACCAGUCCAGCUUCCAGCAGACCUCAAUCUCUGGUGAAGCCAGUGUCUCAAGAGCGUAAGCUCUCGGAGGUGCUGAAGACGCAAGAAGGGAGACGGACGAGGUCCCUGAUGGCCGUUUCCGAAAGGCUGAAGCAGGAGAAGGAGCAGCAGGAGCCAGGGGUGGGAGCGAGCCGCGUGGAGGCAGGGAUGCAGCCGCGCGCAGGGCAGGAGAGCAUCCAGGCUGGAGAGCGGGGUCAGGAUGCGGCCAAGGGCAGAGGGCACCCACCAGGAGAGCAGCACCCAGAGCCGGCCUCCGAGAGGAAGGUGGUGGUGAGGGCACGUCUCCAGGACAAAGGGGGACAAGGUGUGGGGACGCCUCGGGGGGAGCAAAGGAAGGAGGUGGGGGAGCCACAGCAGCGGGCAUCGCCAGAGCUGGGGGGCUGCCGACUCCGUGAAGUGAAGAUCCUGACCAGGCAGGGAAGCCACAGCUCGGAGAAGACAGCCUCGGUGGUGACCUCAUCUCCAGACCAGCAGCAACCAUCCAGGAAUCCCUCAAAGGAGGUAAUACAGCUGUCUCCCACCCAAGAGGAACCUGCAGAAAAGUCAGAUACUUCUCCAACUCAUGUCACCUACAGCAGCUCCAUCAGACGAACCAGCCCAAGAACUGUCUCCUUUCGGAUGAUCUCAAGAAAACAGAAAGAAGAAAGCCAAAGCCCUCUCACAAGGAGCGCAAGUCUGAGGAUCCCAGGUAGCAGCACCACCAUUGGGGAGAAGCUGGAAAAGUACACCUCGGCCGUGCAGCGCUCGGAGGUGGUGAAAUCAUCCCUGAGUGUUCAGAAGAGCCUCUUGCUGUCCUCGGAGGGGGUGGCCAGCAAGCGCAACUUCUUUGAGGCAAGCGCUCCCAGCAAGGCUGAGCCGCUCACGGUCAGGAAGGACAACGUGAAGAUUCCAGGAUCAGUGACAUCCCGCAUUAAUCUGUGGAUCAGCAGAGCUCAGGAGCCUGCCAAGGAGGAAAAGAGCAAGGGCAUCAGGAAAAUAAACAGCCUGUCAAACCGUGAUGUCUGGGUAAAGCAGCCUGGAGACACCCCUGGAGACACCAAGGUAGACAUGGAGCUGCUCUGA